AUGUUAGAACCAGGUACAAUCUCAUGGGAUGACAAUUACUUAUGGACAAACAGUGAUAUAGGAUUGGUUUUUAGUUGUAAUAAUGGAUACCAAUGUAAUCCGAACUUCAAAUGCACAUCAACACUAGAACCCGCUGUUGAGUGGUGGUAUGACAAUGCCUUAUGCUUGCCUAUUGGAUCGAAUGUAGAACUUGCAUGGUCGUAUUGUGGUAGCUGGGGUGCUGACUGGAAGUGUGAACUAGUAUACGAUCCAGCAUCAAGCAGUGCUUUCAACGACGACUAUAUAUGCUGGAAAGAACACUGA